CUCAUCCAGCGCUCAGCCUUUCCCUUCGUCUCCGCGCGCGGCCGUGCCGAAUCUGCGGGCCGGGCGCCUCCUUUACUCUCGGCAGCGGCCGACGUGGAGCCUGCGGGCGGCGGCCGCGGGACGGGACCCGGCGGGGGCUCGACAUGGGGGGCUUUUUCUCCACCAUCUUUUCCAGCUUGUUUGGAACUCGAGAGAUGAGGAUUCUCAUCUUGGGGCUGGAUGGAGCAGGAAAAACAACCAUUCUCUACAGGUUACAAGUUGGAGAAGUUGUUACCACCAUUCCAACAAUUGGCUUCAAUGUUGAAACGGUGACAUACAAGAAUCUGAAAUUUCAAGUCUGGGAUUUGGGAGGACAGACAAGCAUAAGGCCAUACUGGCGGUGUUACUAUUCAAAUACAGAUGCAGUCAUUUACGUAGUGGACAGCUGCGAUCGAGACAGAAUUGGCACUUCAAAAUCAGAGCUUGUCGCUAUGUUAGAGGAAGAAGAGUUGAAGAAAGCCAUUUUGGUGGUGUUUGCAAAUAAGCAGGACAUGGAACAAGCCAUGACUCCCACAGAGAUGGCAAACGCCCUUGGCUUGCCAGCUUUGAAGGAUCGAAAAUGGCAGAUCUUCAAAACCUCUGCAACUAAGGGUACUGGGCUCGAUGAGGCCAUGGAAUGGUUGGUGGAGGCCUUGAAGAGUAGGCAGUGAUACAAAGCUGACCAUUGCAAUGACGUUUGAGCUACAUCAACAUUCCUCCUGCUGCAGUCAAGUAUUUUCAGCCUACGAAUACUUGUAAAUAGGACAGGUUUGAGUUUGACUCCUGUAAUGUGGAUGCCUCUCUUCACUUGCAAAACUGAACCAAGUGACUGGCUGUGUACAUUAUGAUAUUUCCUUCCUUUCUUUGUGUUUAAAGAUGUGCUUAAUAAUUUGUACGAAAGUUUUACUGGCUGGCAACUCCCCUCUGCCCCCCGGGUGGUUUUAAGUUAGAGCGGUUACUAGAUUGGUGUAAUUAAAACACUAAUAAAAUCUGCAAUGGUCAGCUGUA